UCUGGGUUUGAAAUAUCCGGAGCAAGACAUAGGAUAAAAGGACACGGUUUUUCGAGUCAGAAAAUUAUAUCAAGUCCUGUAACUAAAAUGGGCAGUAACAUCUUGGUUUUAUCUCUUCUUCUGUUUGGUGUCACGACAUAUGCCGCUCAGCAUGAGUGGGGUUAUCAUGGAGAAAGUGGACCUGACCACUGGUCUGCUGCCUCUGGGAUCUGUGAGUUAAACAAGCAGUCACCCAUCAAUAUUGAGAAAAAGAAGGCAAAAAUGAACAGUCAACUGGGAAAAAUCUCUUUUAUGGGGUAUGACAGACCGCUACAAGGAGCCACGAUUAAAAACAACGGACACACUGCACAACUUGAUAUAAAAGGAGACGAAAGGCCAACAAUCAAAGCUGGCGGCUUGGGGAACAUGUAUAAGUUCCUUCAGCUUCACUUCCAUUGGGGUAAAAGUGAUGAUAGGGGAUCAGAACACACUGUGAAUGGAAAACGAUAUCCUUUAGAGAUGCAUCUGGUACACUACAACAGUAAAUAUGAUCCUUCAGAUGCUAUCAACCACAAUGAUGGACUGGCUGUUCUUGGAGUCCUCUUUACGGUCUCUGAUGACGAUAAUCCAAACUUUUCAACUAUUAUUGACAAGUUGUCAAACAUUCAGUACAAAGACUCUAAAGUCAACCUUGAUAAAGAAUUAAAACUGGAGUCGUUACUUCCGAAUACAUUCCCUUACUUCCGGUACUCAGGCUCUCUAACCACGCCCCCUUGCAGCGAGGUGGUUACGUGGACUGUGUUUGCUGAUACUGUUCAUAUUAGUAGGUCUCAGUUGGAACAGUUUCGUAAUAUGAAGGAAGGCAUGGCGAAUAAGGACUCAAUGUCACUUGUAGACAAUUUCCGUCCAAUCCAGGCGCUCAAUCAACGUUCAGUUCAGAUUGCUACCGAGUCUGGCAGGCAUGAUGACAAACACGGCGGCAGUAACAAGGACAAUAACGCAGGGCCUUAUCAUUUCCCCUCUCUUCUUGCUACUAUAGUAACGUGUUCGGUAACCCUAUUAUAUACAUUGAAGUAGAGCACGGUUACGUUUAGAUGCAUCACACUUGCUCACAAAUAGUUGUAACGAUUAUCCGUUUCAAAUCAAUGUAAACAUUUCGCUAAUGUUUUCUUCUAGAGUAGAUUAUGGUUUGAUCUGCCUCUAUUAACACUUUCUGUGGUCAUGCACAGUAUUGAGAUAUUAACCUAACAAUUAAUGUAUAUAUAAAAACAAUGUAUGAAAAACUGACCUCACAAAAU